GAGGCUGUGAUUGGGCUAGACAUUAUAAGGGUAUUAUUACACGUCGCGGCUUAUUCCCAGUUCAGUUUCCAUUUAGAUUAUUCAACGGCGAAACAUACACAUCCUGUAAAUUACUCUCAGGGAACCGGACUUGAUUUGUAACAUGGCUUCAAAACACCAACAGAACGACUUGCCUGCCGGGUUCCGAGUGCAGUUCAAAUCUUUCGCAACAGAGGCGAUCCACGUUGGUCAGGAACCUGAGCAAUGGAAAUCUAUGGCGGUGGUACCACCUAUUUCUCUGUCCACCACGUUCAAGCAGUAUGGACCUGGAGAUCAUGCUGGUUUUGAGUACAGUCGGAGUGGAAACCCUACUAGAAACUGUCUGGAAAAAGCUGUUGCUGCUUUGGAUGGAGCAAAGUAUUGUUUUGCUCUUGCUUCUGGGCUGGCUGCGACUAUGACCAUCACUCACAUGCUGAAAGCUGGAGAUGGCGUUGUCUGCAUGAGUGAUGUAUAUGGAGGCACCAAUCGUUACUUCCGGAAGAUUGCUACAGAAUUUGGCUUGGAUGUCUCCUUUGCUGAUUGUACCAAAAUCGAGUUGCUCCAGGCCGCUCUUAAGCCAAACACAAAGUUAGUAUGGCUUGAGACUCCCACCAACCCUACCAUGAAGGUGGUGGAUAUCCAGGCCUGUGCAGCUGUGGUCCACCAACACAACAAGGAUACCGUGGUGGUUGUGGACAACACUUUUAUGUCAGCCUACUUCCAGCGCCCCUUGGACCUCGGAGCAGACAUCUGCAUGUAUUCAGCUACUAAGUACAUGAAUGGUCACAGUGAUGUUGUAAUGGGCCUGGUGUCUGUGAAUAAUGAGGACCUGUAUGACCGACUGAAGUUCCUUCAGAAUGCCCUGGGAGCCGUACCGUCCCCCUUUGACUGCUACCUGUGUAACCGUGGCCUGAAGACCCUGCACCUGCGCAUGAGGCAGCACUUCAAGAAUGCCCUGGCGGUGGCCAAGUUCCUGGAAGCUGACCCCAGGGUGGACAGAGUCAUCUUUCCAGGCUUACCCUCCCACCCCCAGCACGAGCUGAUGAAGAGACAGUGCACAGGCUGCCCAGGGAUGAUCACCUUUUACAUAAAGGGAAAACUGGAGAAUGCCUCCACCUUCCUCAGCAGCCUCAAGUUGUUCGCACUUGCCGAAAGCCUUGGCGGUUAUGAAAGUUUGGCAGAGCAUCCGGCGAUAAUGACCCAUGCGUCUGUUCCAGAGAGUGAUAGGGCUGCCCUAGGGAUCAGUGACACACUGAUACGUCUGUCUGUGGGGCUGGAGGACGAGCAGGACAUCAUUGAGGACCUGGAACAAGCCCUGAACGCCGCGCAUCCGAAUAAGUAAUGUCUUCACGACGUCCAAAGACCAGCGGUUGUCUGUCGUCAGCGGGGCGCAGCAAAGGCAAGAAUACCCGGUGUUUCUAGUCGUGUACAAGGAGAGAGCAGCGAGAUGGUGCCUCAACACAGCACACACAAACUGUAUUUAUGAAUGCACAAAUCAGGGGGAAAACCUGCUCUUUAAACAUACGCUUUCUUAAUUUAAUUAUUGAUAACCUUUUUUAUCAUCAAUUCUUUGAAUGCUAAUUUUAUUUCUUGCUGCUUUUGCUCUGUGUGUGUGUGUGUGUUUUUUUUGUUUGUCAUUGUGAAUGACGGUCUUAUUCAAUUAAAACUGGUAUUCAGGAGUAAGGGAAAACUGCA